CGCUAAAAAAAGCAUCACAGUUAUGUUUCCAUUCAUUGGCUAUAAAAACCAUGCUCACUCCCUUUUGUUCUUCACACCAUUUGCAGGAAAAAAUGAAUAGUUGUCAGUCUAAUCCCACCAAAAUGGAUAAUUCAGAAAAUGUUCUAUUUAAUGAUCAAAACGAAAAUUUCACACUUGUUGCACCACACCCUUCUUCUUCGUACUUGACAAGAGAUCAAGAGCACGAGAUCAUGGUCUCUGCUCUGCGACAAGUGAUAUCUAACUCCGGAGCUGACGACGCGUCAUCAUCAAACUUGAUCAUCACAAGCGUUCCGCCUCCAGACGCUGGCCCUUGUCCUCUCUGUGGCGUCGCCGGUUGCUACGGCUGCACAUUACAACGGCCGCACCGAGAGGUAAAGAAGGAGAAGAAAUACAAAGGAGUAAGGAAAAAACCAUCGGGUAAAUGGGCGGCGGAGAUAUGGGAUCCGAGAUCGAAAUCAAGGAGGUGGCUUGGAACGUUUCUUACGGCGGAGAUGGCGGCACAAUCUUACAAUGAUGCGGCGGCUGAGUAUCGAGCAAGACGUGGUAAAACAAACGGAGAAGGAAUUAAACGGCGGUGGAGAUGA